AUGUCGAGCAAUAAGAUCUGGUUGCGCGCUGAAACCAAGCCCGCCGAGGCUCGGUCUGCUUUGACCCCGACUACCUGCAAGGCCCUUAUGGACGCCGGCUUCGAGGUGACUGUGGAGCGUUCCACACAGCGGAUUUUCGACGAUAAGGAGUUUGAGCAGAUUGGCGCCCCCCUCGUCGAGGAAGGUUCAUGGGUGAAGGACGCACCCAAAGAUGCCUAUAUCCUGGGUCUGAAGGAGCUUCCCGAAGAUGAUUUCCCGCUUGAGCACGUUCACAUCUCCUUUGCGCACUGCUACAAGCAACAGGCUGGUUGGGAGAAGGUUCUCAGCCGGUGGCCCCGCGGAGGCGGCACCCUCUUGGACUUGGAGUUCCUCACAGAUGACGCUGGACGCAGAGUAGCUGCUUUUGGAUACUCCGCUGGUUAUGCAGGUUCUGCUUUGGCCAUUAAGAACUGGGCCUGGCAAUUGACGCAUCCUGAGGGCGAGCCCCUUCCUGGCGAGACUCCCUACGCAAACCAGGACCUGUUGAUCGAGUCUGUGAAGGAGUCGUUGGAGUCUGGCAAGAAGCUGUCCAGCAGGCCGCCCAAGGUGCUUGUCAUUGGAGCUCUUGGACGCUGUGGUAAGGGAGCCGUUCAGCUGGCCAAGGAUGUCGGCAUUCCUGAGUCCGACAUCAUCCAGUGGGAUAUGGAAGAGACCAAGAAGGGUGGUCCCUUCAGAGAGAUUGUGGAGGAUGCAGACAUCUUCAUCAACUGCAUCUACCUCUCCGCUAAGAUCCCUCCUUUUGUCAACACCGAAACUCUCUCUUCUCCCAAUCGCCGCUUGUCUGUCAUUUGUGACGUGAGCGCCGACACAACCAAUCCCAACAAUCCUAUCCCUGUCUAUUCCAUCACAACCACUUUCGACAAGCCCACAGUCACUGUUCCCCUUUCCGAACGGGCCCAGGGUCCUCCACUGAGCGUGAUCAGCAUCGACCACCUUCCCUCCCUCCUUCCUCGCGAAAGCUCCGAGAUGUUCAGCGAAGCCUUGCUGCCGAGCCUACUGCAACUCAAGGACAGAAAGAGUGCUCGCGUCUGGAAGCAAGCCGAGGACUUGUUCAACGAGAAGGUUGCUACCUUGCCCGAGUCGAUGCGCGCUUAA